AUGACGCAUGGUCAAGAAGUGUUUCAAACGGUUUCACACCGACCAAUAUGUUUCUGGACGGCAUCUGAUGUCGAUGAUUGGCUUCGUAGACGGAGGCCGAAGCUCGCUCUGAAGUAUUCGCUAUUUUUUCUGAGGCAUAAUGUAACGGGACGCGUACUUGUUGAUAUUACUGACGGUGAUCUCGAAGAAAUUGGGAUUGGCUCGUAUGACGAGAGGCAGGAUUUAUUGCUAGAAAUCCGCAAAGAGAAGCUUUAUAGUGACCUGGAUGAACUCUCAAAGCUUAAAGCGCAAAAUAUCCGAGAGUAA